CAUCCUGGACUCUUCAGAAGCCAUGGUUUCCUCAGGGGAACCACCACUAGAGAGAAGAGAUGCAAACUGGUAUGAGGCAUUCAGAUGCCUUGACCAGCACACGAGGAGACUGAAACACAGCAUGCAGUACACAAGGUUGAGAGGUGAAGUGGAAACGGAACAGCAGCCUGAGAGGAAGCUGGGCAAAGAAUGAUCAGCAAGAGAGAGACAAAACACAACUUAAGUUUACUGGUGUGCAGGGACUGGAGCUGCAGGUGGCAUCUCUGGGAAUCCUUUUGGCACACAGGCCAUAUAAUGACUGCACACACCUGGCAAGUGUUGGCCAUCUACAUGGUCUUAGCUGCAAGCCUCUCCAAGCAGCAAGCACUGAAGCAGGCUUGUCCUUCAUGUGAUGCCAGUCAGCUUUGCAACUGCUCCUCCAUGGGCUUGGAAUUCAUUCCCCCUGGGCUCACAGCCAAAAUCACAGUGUUAAACCUGACCUACAACAGGAUAAAGCACAUCCAGUCCCAGGACCUGCAGCAGGCAGUGAACCUGAGAGCCCUGCUGCUGCAGUCCAACCAAAUCAGCUCCAUCGAUGAAGACUCGUUUCAGUCCCUGGCAAAACUGGAGCUCUUGGACUUAUCCAAUAACAGCUUGGCUCACUUGUCCCCUGUGUGGUUUGGGCACCUUUUUUCACUCCAGCACCUCUAUCUUCAAGGCAAUUCCUACAGAGACCUGGGGCAGAGCUCCCCCUUUUCUAGCCUGAGGAACCUGAGCUCUCUGCACCUGGGCAACGCGCAGUUCUCUGUGAUAAGGCAAGGGGACUUUGAGGGCAUUGAGCUUCUGCACAAGUUGUGGAUUGACGGUAGCAAUCUCAGUCAGUAUGAGCAGGGAAGUUUGAAAUCAAUUAAGCAGAUAAAUCACAUGAUCCUAAAUAUAAGAAGUAUUAAUACAUUCUCAGAAAUUGUUAGGGACCUUCUGCACACUGUUGCUUGGCUGGAAGUGAGAGGAAUAGCGUUCAGUAUUGCUUCAGAAAUGCAAGAAUUGAGAGUCAUGUCUUCAUCUUUUGCAAAGAAAAUUUCUUUUAGACAGACUUUACUAACAGAUAUUACCGUGCCUGAGAUUGUCAGCAUUUUAGAAGGAAUGACAAAGUUAGUGGAGCUGGAGCUGAUAGACUGUAGACUCUUGGGAACUGGACAGUGGAAAAUCGAAAUUCAAGCAAAGAAAUCACAGACACUUAGAGUUUUGACAAUAAAGAAAUUAGCUAUAGAAGAAUUUUACUUGUUUACAGAUCUUCAGGCUGUGGAAGGUCUACUAUCUCUUUUUACAAGGGUUACAGUUCAAAACACAAAGGUUUUUUUGGUACCGUGCAGAAUUUCCCAACAUCUUCAGUCAUUAGUAUAUCUUGACCUCAGUGCAAAUUUGCUUGGAGACCUGAGUUUACAACAUUCAGCCUGUCAGGGUGCUUGGCCAUCACUACAAACUCUAAAUUUAAGUCAGAAUUCACUGAGUGACUUAGAAAUGACAAGUAAAAGUUUAUCUCAUCUAGGAAACCUAAUUCUUUUAGACAUUAGCCAAAAUAAUUUUGGUGAGAUUCCAGAUGUGUGUGAAUGGCCAAAAUUCCUGAAAUAUUUAAAUCUGUCCAGCACUCAAAUUCCUAAUGUAACAACCUGCAUUCCUCAAACUCUGGAAGUUUUGGAUGUCAGUGGAAACAACCUGAAGGAGUUUGGGCUGCAGCUGCCAUUUCUGAAAGAGCUGUACCUCACAAGGAACCAGCUGAAGACCCUGCCGGGAGCCGCACCCAUUCCAAAUUUGGUGUCCUUGUCCGUCAGAAGAAACAAGCUGAACAGUUUCUCCAAGGAGGAGUUUGAGUCCUUCAGGAGAAUGGAGCUGCUGGAUGCCAGUGACAACAACUUCAUCUGCUCCUGUGAGUUCCUGUCCUUUGUCCACCACGAGGCCGGGCUAGCCCAGGUGCUGGUGGGGUGGCCGGACAAGUACGUGUGUGACUCUCCGCUGGCGGUGAGAGGGGCGCAGGUUGGCUCUGUGCACCUCUCCCUGAUGGAGUGCCACAGGUCCCUGGUGGUGUCACUGAUCUGCGUCCUGGUGUUCCUGCUCAUCCUGCUGCUGGUGGCCGUCGGCUACAAGUACCACAUGGUGUGGUACCUGCGGAUGACGUGGGCGUGGCUGCAAGCCAAGCGGAAGCCCAAGCGCGCCCCGCCGAAGGACGUCUGCUACGACGCUUUUGUCUCCUACAGCGAGAACGACUCCGACUGGGUGGAGAACACCAUGGUGCGGGAGCUGGAGCAGGCCUGCCCUCCCUUCCGGCUCUGCCUGCACAAGCGGGACUUUGUGCCGGGGAAGUGGAUUGUGGACAACAUCAUCGACUCCAUUGAGAAGAGCCGCAAAACGCUCUUUGUGCUGUCUGAGCACUUUGUGCAGAGCGAGUGGUGCAAAUACGAGCUGGACUUCUCGCAUUUCCGCCUCUUUGAUGAGAACAACGAUGCGGCCAUUCUCAUCCUCCUGGAGCCCAUCCAGAGCAAAGCGAUUCCCAAGAGGUUCUGCAAGCUGCGGAAGAUCAUGAACACAAAGACCUACCUGGAGUGGCCUCUCGAAGAAGAGCAGCAGCAGGUGUUUUGGUUUAAUUUGAAAAUAGCUCUAAGGUCCUAG